UCUCCGAACACACCGUCCCUCCCCUUAAAAUGUCCGGCGCUUUCAGGCUGGGAGCCGCCGGUCGGAAAAGGAUUAUUUCGUUUUUAAAUUAAAUAUAGUUGAAUAUAAUUUCCUCGCAUCGAUGAAAGAAGACGAAGAGAAGUGAGCGAAGCGGCUGAUUUCAGGAUGGAGCUUUCGUCUUUACUUCAUGACCUUCGCCUCUCCUCCUCAGAGAAGCCCCUCCCCUCUGCUCCUCUCCCUCCAAUCACAGAGCUCCUGUCUCGGCUGCAGGAGAAGCUGACUGGUGCCUCCUCGGACUCUAAGACGAGCUCCCCGAUUGGUUGCGUGGAGCGGCUCUUUGAGACAGCAGAUCCCGAUUGGCUGUUCUCCCUGGCCUCGGCCAAUGACGAGGACGGUCGGGCGGAGCUGCGGUCAGCGUACAGGUCUCUGAUCGAUGCUCUGAUUGGCUGCGCGGCUCUGCCGCUCUGUGAGGACGACUGCGGCUCUCUGACGGCCGCGGCCUGUCGGAGCGUCCCGGACCGAGCCAUCCCAGUAUGCUCGGCCCUCAGGGCGCUGCUGGGAGCUCUGGGGACCAGGGAGAGGACAGGUCUGCUGCUGACUGUGGCUCCACCUGUGUGUGUGUUCGCUGUGACGCAUUUCCAGGAUCAGGUGUGGACCACCUCCUCCUCCAGAGCGGCGGCACAGAUCCUGCAGGAGGCACUGCUCAGGGCGGGGGGCUGGAGAGACUCCGCUCACCUCCUGAUGGGAGACAGGAGUUGGGGGGAGGAGGGGGAAGGAGGGGAGAGCAGAGGAAUUCUGGGAGGGGUCCUGGACUUCCUGCAGCCUCAACUCACCAAGGACUCCUGGCAGCGGUGUGAAGCAGUGAAGCUGGUGUUUGCGUGGACUCUCCUGCAGGUGACUCGCCCCUCUCUCUCUCCUCACCUGCCUCGCUUCCUCCCCCCCUCCCUCCUUCUCAUUGACCACUACAGACCAGAGAACUGCAUGCUGGGAGUUCGCUGCCUGCACCACAUCGUGCUCAACACGCCUGACGCUGAUCUGCGUCAGUUCAACAGAGCAGAAGUUCUCUAUCAAGCGUUAUUCAAACACCUGUACACCACCGAGGCUGCUGUCAUACAGCCGGUCCUGUCCUGUCUGCUGGACCUGUUGUUGGUUUUGGAGAAGCCCCCCUCCUCGCUCGCCCCCUCCUCCGCCCGGAGGAAGCCCUGUCGUCAUGACGACGUGCUGCGUCUGGUCCUGACCCACAUGGAGGCGGAGCACAAGGUACCGCUGCGACGCGUCUACGCCUCUGCCCUGCCUCUGUACAUUGACAGGAUGGGCGUGGCGGUGUGCAGACACCUGCGGCGGGUGGAGCGGGUGGUGCUGGGAUACCUGGAGAUCAGAGAUCCACCCGAAGAGACGAACAGACUGAAGAUCCUGGAGGUGCUGCAGAAGACCACCAGAGCCGCCUGGCCACGGAUGGAGCGCCGCGUCAACGUGUUGCUGUGUUGCUUGUUGCGGUUGCUGGUCGACGUUUCUUCGGACUCUCGGCUCGGCGAUCAGGUCAGGCGGCGGCUGAUGAACCAAACCACGCUUUGUAUCAAGCUGCUGGACGGCUGCUCACGCGGAAAACUACAGCCUCUCCUCCAGCAGGUCGACAGCAGCUGUUGCAGCCCCGAGGUUCUCGGUAGCCUACUGACCGUAACUAUGACAACAGAGAGGUGACGCAGCUCACCUGGAGCACCUGAAGCUGGACCGUACCAGACGGACCGGGACGACGACCUGGUCGGAGAUUCACUCUGCUGAUGUCGGUGUUCAGUGUUUGAGACUUUUCAUUGGACAUUUGAAGUUAAAGAAGUGAAAGAGAAAAUGUUGCUUUCAAAGCAAAAGUCUGGUGUCGUCUAUUUUUCUUAGUGUCAUCUAAUCUUUUUUCAACACUGUUGGUUUGAGUCUCAGGACUCUCUGUCUCUGUCUCUGUCCUCAGCUCCAGCCUCAUUGGUUCCAAUGCAGAUGUAAAAAACUCCUCAGACAUAGUCUCAGUAACGUCCUGAAGCAGCUGCUCUUCAGCGGCGGAUUAAUCUGUGUGUGUGUGUGUGUGUGUGUGUGUGUGUGUGUGUGAUGAAGGAACAC